AUGUCACAAGACAUAGAGCUUACAAUGCCAGCCGAUGCGAUAGCAGCACUCGCUUUCCAUCCGACAGACAAAGACCUCCUCGCGACCGCAGAAUGGGACUCUACGGUCAAGCUGUACAACACCAGCCUAGCAAGUAGCGAGUCGCUGCAGUCUACGUUUGCCCACCGCGCGCCUGUCCUCGAUGUCUCCUUUGACGGUACGGGCAAGAUCUACUCUGGCGGGUUGGACAAGGCGGUCAGACAGAUCGACCCAUCGACGUCGAGUCAAACCAUCCUAGGCAAUCACAGUGCUGGCGUCAAAUGCGUCCGCUGGUCAGACAAACUCAAUGCACUCGUGACAGCUUCUUGGGACAGCACUCUGCGUGUCUGGGACCCACGUCAAGCAACAGGAUCAGCCACGCUCAUCUGCAAUCUACCCUCCAAAGCUUUCUCGCUCGAUCUCGACAGCCGUCACGCGAUCGUAGCGACUGCUCAUCGACACGUGAUCAUUUACGACCUCGCAUCGCUCGCCAAGGGCGUUGUGGAGCCUCUGCAAACGCGCGAAUCCAGCCUGAAGUAUAUGACCCGUGCCGUCAGACUCAGUCCCGCGGGAACAGGCUAUGCAACGACUUCAAUCGAAGGAAGGAUAGCUGUCGAUUUCUUGGAGGGUGCUGACAACAAGCCGUAUGCUUUCAAAGCGCACCGAGCUGUCAUUGACGACAUCGAUACCGUCUUCCCUGUCAAUGCGCUGACAUUCCACCCGAUACAUGGCACCUUUGCGACUGGCGGCGGGGACUCACUCGUCAAUAUCUGGGAUCUGGCAGCCAAGAAACGGUUGCGGCAGUUUCAACGGUAUCCAGCUUCGAUCUCUGCGCUUGCGUUCAACGUGGAUGGAUCGAAACUGGCAAUAGCCUGCAGCAAGAUAGAAGAAGAGGGCGUCACCUACGGCGCCGAAGCCAAGAACGCGCUCUUCGUCAAGACUCUGGGGCAAGACGAUUGCAAGCCCAAGUCUGCCAAGUAG